AUGGCCAGCUCCACUCUGGGCUGUCCCCCGGACUCUGUGGAGGAGGUGAGGGACAGGAGGCCCCCGGACUCUGUGGAAGAGGUGAGGGACAGGAGGCCCCUGGACUCUGUGGAGGAGGUAAGGGACAGGAGGCCCCUGGACUCUGUGGAGGAGGUGAGGGACAGGAGGCCCCUGGACUCUGUGGAGGAGGUGAGGGACAGGAGGCCCCUGGACUCUGUGGAGGAGGUGAGGGACAGGAGGCCCCUGGACUCUGUGGAGGAGGUGAGGGACAGGAGGCCCCUGGACUCUGUGGAGGAGGUGAGGGACAGGAGGCCCCUGGACUCUGUGGAGGAGGUGAGGGACAGGAGGCCCCUGGACUCUGUGGAGGAGGUGAGGGACAGGAGGUGCUAG